AUGAAGUUCUUUGGUUGGAUGCAAAAUAAGCUCAAUGGGAAACAAGGGUGCUCUAAAUCAAAUUCAGUUUCUGCUACAUAUCAUAUGAAACAAGAGCCUAGAGAAGAGUUCAGUGAUUGGCCUCAUGGAUUGUUAGCAAUAGGAACAUUUGGCAACAAUGACCUUAAAGGAAACCCUCAAUCCGAAGACACCAUCCAACAAGAACCAUCCAACAUUCGAGAUCCGGAACAGGAACAGGAACCGGAACCGUCUUCAUCCGAUGAUUUACACGAGUUUACUGCCGAGGAAGUCAGAAAACUUCGAAAGGAACUUACCAGACUUUUGUCCCGAAAACCGAACUCCGACACAAAAAAGGAAGUGACAAGCUUACCAUUGGAUAGAUUCCUUAACUGUCCAUCUAGCUUGGAAGUAGAUAGGAGGUUUAGUAAUGCAGUUUGCAGUGAUUCAGGGGAUAAAACCGAGGACAACAUCGAUCGGACCAUUAGCGUCAUUCUCGGCAGAUGCAAAGACAUACGCGGCGAAGAUAACAAGACGAAAGCCAUCAGUAAGAAAUCGAUUUCUUUCCUUUUGAAGAAGAUGUUCGUUUGUUCGAGCGGAUUCUCACCUGCACCGAGCUUGAGAGAUACACUGCAAGAGUCAAGGAUGGAGAAGCUUUUGAGGGUAAUGCUUCACAAGAAGAUUCACAAUCAAAAUCCGAACCGAGCAUCGACGACGAAGAGAUACUUGGAGGACAAGCAACCACCCAAAAGGCAAAAGAAUCCAGAUGAAACGCAGGAGAGAAAGAGUGAAGAUGGAGGUAAAUGGGUGAAGACAGAUUCUGAAUAUAUUGUUCUAGAGAUAUAG